AUUGAUUCCUGCUUCAUUCUCAACCAUCACUUCACGUUUGUAUACAGACACUACAAAUUACAAUCCAUGAAGAGACCUCUGAAUGGUACCCCUGAGUUUCUGUGUGGAAAGUGAAAAUAAAAAGUUUCAUUACAAUUUCAGCAGCAGUAAACCGAGAUAAUUAACAUGUUGGGAUAAACAACUCAACGUUAGAUUCAUUGCACUCACGAUGGAUGUUUUCUACGCAUACACAUACAGCACGGCGGCAUGGCUAAGCCUGCAAGGCAUCCCACUGGUCGCGACCCCCAAGAUGAUCAUCAUGAUUCUGCUUGAUGAAGCACGCCCGCCUUCGAUGCUUGAAAUCUACUUCGCCCGCUGCUUCGGCCUAAGCCUCCUGGCCAUCACUGCCAUCACCAUCGUACUCACCGGCUCAAUUCCAAUAUCCUCAUCCGCCUCCUACUCCGUCUCUGCAGAAGAAGACGACCCCAAGGCGCCCUACGCCGUCCCCACGAUGCUCAUGUCAUCCAUAUUCCAUGCCUCGUCGGCAUUCUACACAUAUGCCUGGUACCAUACAACAGGUCAGAUGAGCUUUGCGCUGGCAAUGGUGGUGUAUGGCGGGCUGGCGUCAGUGGGGCUGUGGUGUUUGUUGUUUGCUAGUAGCGCUGGGAGAAUUAGCAGGAGGACUGGGGCAGAUAAGAGGACGUCCGGGUUCCCGUUUAAGAACGAGGAGGCGGAUAAGAAGCGGGCGCGGAAGGUGUUGUAGGCGGCCCGGCUGGGCUUAUGGAUGCUUAUGGGUGGAUAUGGAGGUUUGGAAAGAUGCGCAUGAUUUUUCCCACUGUUAUUAAUAUUUAAUGAUAGUCAACAUGGUUAUGUUAUUUUUUGCCAAUCCAGGCUUCAAAGAGCUGAGAGAACUGCUUCCCCUCAGCCUUAGUGUCUUUUGCCGUCAUGAGCUGGAGUUUGUAUACAAGCCCAGAGAAGCUGAUCCCACUUCACGAUGCCGUUGGUAGAAUAUCAUCAAAGGAUAUAUCAAUUCUGCUGGGCCUCGUCGGCGUUUAGCUGACUUCUAACAGGCAGAACGGGAGAAAGGCAGGCUGGUUUUGUAUUUACGCUUAAUGUCAAACCGUACGGAUUACAGACACAUCAAGACACAUAGACAAGAGGCAUAUUGUCUUCAGCAAUGGCGCAAUACGGAGUAUAGAGCCUG